CUGGCCUAGAGGCCGUCCGCAACAGUCCAUCGCCGCCCUUUAUAAGUAGUAGCCGGCCGCGCUGCUCCCGUCCCGGUGCGACAUCACUGACAACGACGACGACGACAUGCUGCUGCUGCUGUUCGCCCUGGCCGCGCUGGCCCUCGGGCUGGCGUACGCCGCACUCCGGGCGCGCUACGCCUACUGGAAGCGACGCGGCGUGACCGCGCCCGAGUGCACCGCGCCCUUCGGCAACUACGCCGACGCCAUCCUGGGCCGCGCCGGCAUGGGCGACGUCAUGUUUGACGUAUACCAAAAGUACCGGGACCAGCGCUACGUCGGGACGCACUUCCUGGGCACGCCGCUGCUGCAGCUCCACGACCCGGAGAUCAUCCGACAGGUGUUCGUGAGGGAGUUCCAGGACUUCAACGGCCGCGCCAUGUACUCCGAGCCGGACAAGGACAUGAUCUCGGGCCAGCUCUUCAUGCUCUCCGGCCAGCCCUGGAGGAACCUCCGCGUCAAGCUCAGCCCCACCUUCACCACCGGGAAGCUGAGGCUCAUGUUCUCGACGUUCAAGAAGUGCGGCGACCAGCUGCGCGAGCACAUCGCCUCCCAGGUGCGGGCGGACGGCGGCCGGACCCACAUCGACGUCAAGGAGCUGCUGGCGCGCUUCGGGACCGACAUCAUCACCUCAGUGGCCUUCGGCAUCGACACCAACACCCUCGCCAACCCCAAGUCCGAGUUCCGCCGCAUCAGCGGGCUCAUCCUUGACCCCUCCAUCGGCAUGAGCGUGCGCGCCAUGCUGGCCUUCAUGUGGCCCAACGCGCUGAGGAUGCUGCCGACCACCCUGUUCCCCGCAGAGGCCAACGAAUUCUUCCUCAACACCGUCACCGAGCUGGUUGAGUACCGCGAGAAGCACGGCGUCGACCGCGCCGACAUGCUCCAACUGCUCAUCAAGCUCAAGAACGACGGCUUCGUACCCCCCGACGCGCCGGGCCAGGUCGCCGACGAGAAGGAGGCGGGUGGCGAGGAGUCCAUCGCCGACGCCGACGCCCCCGUCGAGAAGCAGCGGAUCAGCAUCAGGGAGAUCGGCGCGCAGUGCGCCGUCUUCUUCUUGGCCGGCUUCGAGACCACGUCGGCCACCAACACGUUCGCCCUGUACCUGCUGGCCAAGCACCCCGAGGUCCAGGACAAGGUGGUCGCGGAGAUGAGGGAGGCCCUCGACAGGCACGGCGGCGAGAUCAGCUACGACACCCUGGUCAACCUGCCGUACACCGACAUGGUGCUGAACGAGACAAUGCGCCUGUAUCCCGCCGUGCCCUUCCUCAACCGCGAGGCGAUGCGGGAGCGCACGCUGCCGCUCACCGACCUCGUCCUCGACAAGGGCACCCGCCUCAUGAUCCCCGUGCGCGCGCUGCAUAUGGACCCGAAGCACUGGGAGCACCCCGAGGAGUUCAACCCCGAGCGCUUCACGAAGGACAAGGUGGAGGCCAGGCACCCCAUGGUGUACCUGCCGUUCGGCGACGGCCCGCGCAUCUGCAUAGGCAUGCGCAUGGCGCUGAUCCAGAUGAAGAUGGCCCUGAUGACGAUCCUGACCCGGGCGGAGGUGGCGCUGCCCGCCGACGCGCCCAGCACCAUCAAGCUCUCCCCGCACACCAUCACGCCCACGCCCGUCGACACCCUCAAGCUUGUGUUCACCGAGCGGGCCGACUAGUGAGACGGGGAAGAGCACGGAAAAAGGGUGACCCUUGGUUUCCGAAUAAAAGUGCUUGGUUUUGGUUUCGAAAUUGCUUCGAAAUUGCCACAUUUGCUUAGAAACCAAGCAGUCAUUUUUACCGUGGGUAUUGAUUAAAUGUGUGCCACUCGUCUUAAUAAUCUUCCCGUAUCGCCUACAACACUCGUCGUGGGCGGAAAGAUCCGCCAGGACUCAGCCCUCUUUGAUGGGCAUAAGAAGGCGUACACGGCCGUGCAGGUGUUGUGCAACGUGUGCCACCCGCGCGCUUUCACUCAACUGUGUGCAUCGAAACGAACAUUUUUUUGGAGUCUCUGGACUCUUUGCUCACCGCGUGCGCGAGCAGUGACAAAAACGGCAGGAGUGACAAACCUGAGGACGUGUGUCAAACUUGAGGAAGUCGCGCAAACCUGGUGAAAGUGACAGACUGAAAGAAAAUCGCACCCAAAAUGUGAGAAGCAGAUUUAUGUCUCUCUAUCACCACGACUGAUUCCCUACACUGUGAGUUUCUUACAAAGAACUGGUCUUCGUAACGUACAAAGGAUUUUGAAUCUUUGUAAUACAAAUAAAUCCUUUUUAUUACAAAGAGCUCGGCGUUGUAAUACGAAGAGCAGACGUCUGUUCAGAAAGUGGCGCUCUUUGUAGUACGAAGAACAUCAUUUGUUAUAAGGUGGUUCCAGAUCCUUUGUACGUUAAAAACCCAAUUCUUCAUCGCCUUCGUCCCGCGUUUGCUAGUCGAUUCUAUGUGCAAAAAUAAAUGUUUUUGUUUUUUUUGUCA